AUGAGAAUAGUGCUCCACUGUUCCCCGCGCCAGAAACAAGACAAAAAUGUACACAAGACAAAAGCCCCACCUACACGAACCAACCAAAACAGGGGUCACACUCGCAGUCGCAGGGAGAGGAGAAAAACAAGAAAGAAGCAGAAAUCUGCGGUUUUUCCUUCUCCUGCUCAGCUCCACUUUCGAAUAUCUAGGGUUAGCUUUAGAGGUAAGCUCAAAAUGUACACAGAGGAUGAUGAUUACAGAAGGAAAGCUCGCGUUGCUCUUCUGGCUGUCGUCGUUGUGUCCUCGAUGGCCAUCGCUGCUCUUCUGGUGGCGUUUAGUUACUACUGCUACAUCCGGAACAAGGUCUCCAAACGCCUCGCUAGCCUCAAGAGAAAUGGUAUCGACGAGAAGGGUGGUUUCUCCAACCUUAAAGUGGCCACUGAGAAUGGACUACAUGUAUUCACGUUCAAGCAGCUUCAUUCCGCCACGGGCGGUUUCAGCAAGUCAAACGUCGUGGGUCAUGGUGGAUUUGGCUCCGUCUACCGUGGGGUUCUUAGCGAUGGAAGAAAAGUUGCAAUUAAGGUCAUGGACCAAGAAGGGAAGCAGGGUGAAGAGGAAUUUGAAGUGGAGGUGGAGCUACUGAGUCGCCUUCAUUCCCCCUACUUGCUAGCAUUGCUGGGGUAUUGCUCGGAUAACAACCGUAAGCUUCUAGUUUACAAUUUUAUGGCGAAUGGUGGCCUGCAAGAACACUUGUAUCCUCUCCCUGGUUCUAAUGCAACGUACAGGAAAUUAGACUGGGAAACACGGUUGAGAAUAGCCCUAGAUGCGGCCAAGGGACUAGAAUAUCUCCAUGAACAUGUCAGCCCUCCAGUCAUUCAUAGAGACUUUAAGAGCAGCAAUAUCCUCCUGGAUAAAACCUUCCAUGCUAAGGUUUCUGAUUUUGGAUUAGCCAAGCUGGGACCUGAGAGAGCUGGGGGACAUGUUUCCACUCGAGUGCUUGGAACUCAAGGAUAUGUUGCCCCUGAGUAUGCGUUAACGGGGCACCUGACCACGAAAUCCGAUGUCUACAGCUAUGGAGUUGUUCUCUUGGAGUUGCUUACCGGCAGAGUUCCAGUUGACAUGAAGAGACCGCCGGGCGAAGGUGUUCUUGUAUCCUGGGCCCUGCCGAGUCUGACUGACAGAGAGAAGGUCAUCCAAAUAAUGGAUCCAGCAUUGGAAGGUCAGUACUCCAUGAAAGAGGUUGUUCAGGUGGCAGCAAUAGCGGCAAUGUGCGUGCAGCCAGAGGCAGAUUACAGACCGCUGAUGGCAGAUGUGGUACAAUCGCUGGUUCCAUUGGUGCGAUCAACAUCCAAGUUAGGAAGUAGCUCUAGCUUCCAUGCACCCAAGUCACCUUUGGUACAGGAAGGCAGUAGGAUGAGUGUUUAGUGAUCCUCAAUUAAGGCUACAGCUAGAUUGAAAUUUGGUUCUGUAUCUAUGGCCACUGUAUUUACUAGCACCUGUAUUAUGACUAAUGUUGUUGCCACUAUGUUUUGAUUUCUGAUCAUACUUUAAAUUGCAUGUUGCAUGUUUUGAUCUCUAAAGAAAAACACUUGAAAUCUACAUUAGAUCCAGGGAGAAGUAGGUAGAGGUGGCAUUGGAUUUAGGGAUGGCA